UCUGAUAAGGAAAACAACACAGGCCAUGCUAAAAAAAUAAGAAAGUGCUCCGUUAAAAUGCUUGGUGAAUAGAUUGAGGUUGGAUGUUUCUCAUUUAUUCGCUAAUUGCUUUCGUUGACGUAAUUUGGACAUGCGAACAAAAAAAAAGGCUGUGUUCGUUGAAAGAAAUGUUCCGUUAGGCGAAAAGUUUCCGCUUUUAAAAACGAUUAAGCUAUAAAAAUAGAUGCACAGCCGAAAUUCACAAGUAAGACUUGACAACAUUGCAUACGGACUGUGGGCAAUACUCAUCUUUGAAAAAAUGGCGACGAAACAGUUUGACAAAGUAUCUGAUCUCAAUGGUGAAGAGUUGCUAGAAAUAAUUACGUCUCGAAGGUUGCCUAUACCCGCUACUAACGAGGUGGUGAAGAAAGACCAGGAAAGAAUUACAGAAGAGGAGGAACCUGCAGAUGAGAGUAGCGUAAAAAUGUUUGGCUUGCCAUCUCUCUUCCGAAAAGUUACCAAGGUUUUCACAGUUGAGGAGGUGCAGCAAGCUGUUCUGGAUGCUAAAAAUGAUGGGAAAAAAUUGCGUGUGCAAGGAUCAAGACACUCCGUAAAAGAAAGCAUCUUCGCAACUAAAAGUGACGUCACUUUAAAGUUGGUUGGAGAGUUACGUAACUGUGUAAUGAAGGAAAUCACAAGAGAUGGACAAAAGUAUUUGGAAGUCGUUGCCGGAGGCGGUUGCAACAUUCACAGCGAUCCUAAAGAUUUAGGAUCACGUCCACAUAACGGUCUGGCUGAGCAAGUGAACAGUUUGGGUUAUGCAUUGCCUAUAACAGGUGGGAUUACUCAUCAAACGAUUGGUGGGUUCAUGGCUACAGGAUCUGCCGGAGGAAGUGUAGAUCAUAGCUUUGAAGACGUGGUAAGAGAUAUCGAGUUUGUAAAUGGAAAAGGAGAAAGAAUAGAAACGAAAGUGAAUGAACCGUUAUGGUGCGCCGUCGGUGUUUCGAUGGGCUUAAUUGGAAUUAUAACAAAAGUAACUAUGCAUUUACCAAAAACGUUCUACGUUGAAGGAGCUGAGGAAAAUGCAAAAUUUGCUGACUCGAUGAUCGGUCCAGAUAAAAAUGGAAAGAGCAAAUUAAAAAGCACACUUCAAUCUAAGGAGUACUUUCGAGUGAAUUGGUUUCCACAAAAUGGUGUUAAAAUGGUGCAGCAAUGGUAUGGAAAGCAAGUUCCUGUUGACGGAAAAACUAAAAAGUACAAAAAUCCUCUUCGAAACCCGUUAUACGCUGUGGGCGCAGGAUCCGUGUUAUUAUAUACAAGCUGUCUUUUACAAAAAUCUGAAGUGAAAAAUGAUGAGUUGGAGAAAAUGGCUAAUCUCUUGAAUCUUUUCGUAAAAGAUGGAGAUGUGCAAACCUUUCGCGAUUACUGGCAUAUAAUAUUGCCCCAAGAUGAUCAAGUACCAACUGACUCCUUGUUUCCCGUUGAGUUCACAGAGAUAUGGCUGCCCAUCGAUCAAUGCGAUGCAGUCAUGGAAAAACUGGAAAUAAUGUUCGAGGACCCAAAAACUGCUGGUAACUUCGCAACAGAAAUCUACGGUGCAAAAGAAUCCAAGUUUUGGUUAAGCAUGUCCUUCGGUGGAGAUUAUGUCCGCAUCAAUCCGUAUUGGUAUAAGCAUAAUUGUGGCGAUAUUCGAGAAUAUUAUUCCUACUUUUGGAAAGCACUUAUUACUUCUACGGACGCCAGGCUCCACUGGGGGAAAUAUAUGCCCAGAGCAGGAGAAAAAAUGUCCGAUACCGUCACUUAUGAUCUUGACCAUCUUAAGGUGGUAUAUCCAAAGCUUGAGGAGUGGUUGUCACUUCGUCACGAGCAGGAUCCGCACAACAUAUUUGUCAAUAAUUACUGGAAGAGUUAUUUUGACCUUUAAAAUGGAUCUGUUUUUAAAAAACAAAAAAAUAUGUAAUUACAUUCUUAUCAUAUUGACUUUAUGAAAAUGGAAUUUCUCCUUUUCUUUCUCUAAAGAAAGUAACAUGCCUUGCAAGAGUGUUUUAUUAAAUGUGUUUCGUUUUUCAGCAUUAACUUGUUGAUAUUAUGAUUGACAUUUAGCGCAACGGUUCGUCUUCAACCAGGAAGCUUGCCGGAAUAUAAGUGUAUAUCUUAUAUAUAUAUAUGAAAAUAUUAUCUCUUAAGAAUUAUGUAAUUAUUAAAAUUAAUUUGUAUAUUCUACAGAAAAAAAAUUAC